AUGUCGUGUACGGAUUACGCCGUCCCGGAAGCCGAUCUCAAAUCGGAUUCGGCACGGACGGCGCCAACACUGCGCCGCCCACUCAAUGGCUGUGCUGGCUUCAGACCGCGGAAGCCGCAGGGCCCCAUUCACCAACGGCCAGCACCCGCUGGUUUGAGCGAGCGGGCGAGCGGCCUCGCGAACGCCGACCGUCGAAUCAAGCGCGCGUAUCCGGGCGGCUUCCGGCCGAAAGGCACGCCCGAGGCCGAACUUUUUGAACCACCAUCUUCCUUAUCAUCAUGA